AUGUCAUCGCGCGCGCGGGUCGGCGGCACCAACCCGGGCGCCUUCAAGCCAAAGUCAUCUCCCAUCAACCGCGGCGGCGCAAACCUCGCGCGCGGCCAGCCCAUCGCCGCGCAGGUCGAGCCGUACUCGUGGGGCGACAUCCCAACCACCCCCAGCGCGACGCGCGAUCUCCCGUCGUGGCUCCCGCAGCCCGCGCCCGUGCACGGGGACGGCGGGCCGGGUACCUUCGUCCCCCCGCCCGCGUUCGAACCCGUCACCACCCCACCCGUCAUCGACGUCGAUCGCAUAAGAAUCUCCGAGGGUUACGCGCAGUUCCUCGGACCCACGCCCGCGGGGGACGUCAUCAAUCCCGGGGUUAACUUCGCGCUUCACUCCGCCGCCGCCGCCGCCGUCGACCUCCUCAUCUACUUCGACCCGUCGUCGACGUCCAAGCAGCCGUCGCUUCGCAUCCCGCUGGAUCCCAAGAAGAACAAGACCGGGGACGUGUGGCACGUGCGGCUCGAUAACAUCCCGCGCGGCGGCGACGGCUACGUCAUCAGAUACGGGUACCUCGUAGACGGGGGCAAGUCGCCGCACCGGUGGGACUACUGGGAACCCAACCAGCUGAUGGUGGACCCGUACGCGCCCUUGGUCGAGGGGCGAAGGGUGUACGGCAAGAACGAGACGUGCCCGAACGGCGAGGUGGGGCAGUGGCUCGGCGCGUUCGCGCUGGACGAAACGCCGUUCGACUGGGGCGGAGUCGAGCCCCCGAACAUUCCGCCGCAGGACCUCGUCGUGUACGAGUGCACGCCGCGCGCGUUCACCGCGUCUUCGAGCUCUGGUCUCGACGAAGACGUCCGCGGAUCUUUCCUGGGGAUCGCCGAGAAGGUUCAGCACAUCAAGGACGCGGGGUACAACGCCGUGGAGCUCCUCCCCGUCUUCCACUUUGACGAGAUGGAGUUUAAGCUCUCGCCCAACCCUCGGGACCACAUGCUCAACACGUGGGGGUACAGCACGAUGGCGUUCUUCGCUCCCAUGACGGUGUACGCGUCCAAGGGCGCCGGCCCGCAGCAGGCGGCGCGCGAGUUUAAGCACAUGGUCAAGACCAUGCACGCCAACGGCAUCGAGGUGCUCCUGGACGUCGUGUACAAUCACACCGGCGAGGGCAGCGGGAGGUUCUUCUCCUUUCGCGGCAUCGACAACAAGAGCUACUACAUGAUGGAGGACCUCAACGGCAAGGUGAACUACAAGAACUACACCGGCUGCGGCAACACGUUCAACUGCAACCACGAGCCAGUGAUGAACCUCGUGCUCGACUCGUUGCGCCACUGGGUGGACGAGUACCACGUCGACGGUUUCAGGUUUGACCUGACCAGUUGCCUGUGCCGCGAUCCCAACAGCGGCGCAAUCAUGACGUCGCCACCCGUCGUGAGGGCAAUCGCCAAGGACAACACGCUCGCGCGUUGUAAGCUCUUCGCGGAGCCGUGGGACUGCGCGAUGGACGGGUACCUCGUGGGGAAGUUCCCCAACUGGGACAGGUGGGGCGAGUGGAACGGCAUCUACCGCGACACCGUCCGCAGGUUCCUCAAGGGUGACCCCGGGCUAAAGUCUCAGUUCGCGUCCUCCCUCUGCGGCAGCGCGGAUAUGUACAACGUCAACGCGCGCAAGCCGUAUCACUCCCUCAACUUCAUCACCGCGCACGACGGGUUCACGCUGAGGGACCUCGUGUCGUACAACAAGAAGCAGAACCACCAGAACGGGGAGGAGGGUAGGGACGGAUGCAACGAUAACCACUCGUGGAACUGCGGGCAAGAGGGCGAGUCGAACGAUCAGGCCGUCGCGAGCCUGCGUUGGCGGCAGAUGCGCAACAUGCACCUCGCGCUGAUGGUGAGCCAGGGCACGCCGAUGGUGCUCAUGGGCGACGAGUACGGGCACACGCGCAAGGGGAACAACAACACCUACGGGCACGAUAACGAGCUCAACAACUUUGACUGGGCCGCGCUGGAGAAGCAGCGGGACCAUUACUUCCGCUACCACGCCGGACUCGUCAAGUUCCGCAAGAACCACCCGCUGCUGGGGCGCGCGGAGUUCCUGAACGACAACGACAUCACAUGGCACGAGGAUAACUGGGACAACCCGGACUCGCUCUUCCUGGCGUAUCAGCUGCAUGACUGCGGCCAAGGAGGCGGAGACCUUUACAUCGCGUUCAACCAGCACGAUUUUUUCGUGGACGCCGCGCUGCCGCCCCCGCCAGGGGGCAAAUCUUGGCACAGGGUGGUGGACACGAACCUGCCGCCUCCCGCGGACUUUGUGGAACACGGCGAGGGCGGCGUCGGCGCCAGGUACAACGUCGCUCCGAGGGGCGCGGUCAUGCUAGUGGCCAAGUGA